UUCACUCCAUGUUGCAGUGGACUGCACUGAAGCUCCCAGAAGCUGAGCAGAGAAUUCUGGACUUGCAGCGAACUACCGUGACAGAUUCUGACAUUUUUUAUGAGAACCCUCUGUCUACCCAGUCAGAGCAAUCCUCAAAUUCAUCAAAGACACUGAGUGAAACAAACAUAGACGAAGGCAGAGGAGCACCACGCACCAGGUUUUCAAUAAUCAGUCCAAGAACAAUGCCGAAGAAAUUAGAAAAAAAAGAGAACAGUGCAGUGCAACCUGAGAGUUUAUAUGAAAGUAUAGAAAAUUACGAUACGAAUAAUUAUGUUGUAUCUCGAGAGCUUUUGGAUGAGUUCUCUAAGAACUCAGAUGAUUUGGACACCAUUGAUCCUGAAAUACAAGAUGUGUUUAAAUCUCCACCUGCAGAAAUGUCAAACAAAUUUAAAAAUAAACUUAAGGACUUGGAAAAUGUUACGCUUAACAUCGCCGUAACUGGGAUGACUGGAGCAGGCAAGUCCUCUUUUGUCAAUUCCCUGAGAGGCAUUGGAAGCGAUGAUUUCAGAGCAGCUCCCACAGGAACAAAUGAGACCACCUUGGAACCAACCAUGUACCUACAUCCCACUAUGCAUAACGUUAAGAUCUGGGACCUGCCUGGAAUUGGUAGUCCAAAAUUUAAAGCAAAGAAGUACCUGAAAGAUGUUAAGUUCAGCACAUAUGAUUUCUUUCUUAUAGUGUCCUCUGAAAGAUUCAAGGAAAAUGAUUUAGAGCUAGCCAAAGCCAUCCAGAAAUGUAAGAAGCUGUUUUAUUUCAUUCGCACUAAAAUUGACAACGACCUGCGGGCUGAGGGACACAAAAGAGGCUUUAUUGAGGAGAGGGUGCUUGACAAAAUUCGAGAAGAUUGUGAAAAGAACCUGCAGAAAGUCGGAAAACCCAAAGUAUUUUUAAUAUCCUCAUUUCAACUGGAAAAAUUUGACUUUCAGAGCUUGGUCAACACUCUUGAGGAGGAACUUCCUAAAAAUAAAAGAUUCGCUCUCAUUCAGUCUCUGCCAGUUUACUCUACAGAAGCAUUGAUUAAAAAGAAAACUUAUUUCAAGAAAAUGAUUUGGCUCCAUGCCUUUGCGGCAGGUGUCGGGGCAAUUCCUCCCAUUCCAGGAUUGUCUGUGAUCUGUGACUAUGGCAUUAUGAAGAACUUCUUCAAACAAGUAUUUACAGGAUUUAGCUUAUCAGAUGAUGCACUGGAGUCCCUUUCAGAAAGGGUCAACCAACCAGUGAACGUUCUUAAAGCAGCCAAGACGUCACGUUUCAAAGAUGGAGUCAGUGAGGCUAUUUUGAUGGACAUGUUGUCUAAACCAAUCAUUGCUGUGACAAAAACACUCGGUACAGUAAUGGCUCUUCUGCCAGGGGGAGCGUUCCCAGCAGCGGGCACUGCUGUCGCCUGUGUGCACUACCUGCUGAAUUUGGGACUAAAUGAAAUGGCAGAGGACACUAAAAAUGUUCUUACUGAGGCACAACUUGCUGCAAGCAAAUAUGAAGAACAUAAAGUAGCUGGAAUUCAAAUUUACUUGUUUUUAUCAGAUUCUGACAUUUUUUAUGAGAACUCUCUGUCUACCCAAUCAGAACAAUCCUCAAAUUCAUCAAAGACACUGAGUGAAACAGACGUAGACGAAGACAGAAGAGCACCGCGCACCAGGUUUUCAAUAAUCAGUCCAAGAACAAUGCUGAAGAAAUUAGAAAAAAUAGAGAUCAGUGCUGUGCAACCUGAGAGUUUAUAUGAAAAUAUAGAAAAUUACGAUACGAAUCCUUAUGUUGUAUCUCGAGAGCUUUUGGAUGAGUUGUCUAAGAACUCAGAUGAUUCAGACACCAUUGAUCCUGAAAUACAGGACAUGCUUAAAUCUCCACCUGCAGAAACAUCAAAUAAAAUAAAAAAUAAACUUAAGGAGUUGGAAGAUGUUACGCUUAACAUUGCCGUAACUGGGAUGACUGGAGCAGGCAAGUCAUCUCUUGUCAAUUCCCUGAGAGGCAUUGGAAAUGAUGAUUUCAGAGCAGCUCCCACAGGAACAACUGAGACCACCUUGGAACCAACCAUGUACCCACAUCCCACUAUGCAUAACGUUAAGAUCUGGGACCUGCCUGGAAUUGGUAGUCCAAAAUUUAAAGCAAAGAAGUACCUGAAAGAUGUUAAGUUCAGCACAUAUGAUUUCUUUCUUAUAUUGACCUCUGAAAGAUUCAAGGAAAAUGAUAUAAAGCUAGCCAAAGCCAUCCAGAAAUGUAAGAAGCGUUUUUAUUUCAUUCGCACUAAAAUUGACAACGACCUGCGGGCUGAGGGACACAAAAGAGGCUUUAUUGAGCAGAGGGUGCUCGACAGAAUUCGAGAAGAUUGUGAAGAGAACCUGCAGAAAGUCGGAAAACCCAAAGUAUUUUUAAUAUCCUCAUUUCAACUGGAAAAAUUUGACUUUCAGAGGUUGGUCGUUACACUUGAGAAGGAACUUCCUAAAAACAAAAGAUUAAUUCUCAUUCAGUCUCUGCCAGUUCACUCUAUAGAAGCAUUGAUUAAAAAGAAAACUUAUUUCAAGAAAAGGAUUUGGCUCAAUGCAUUUGCGGCAGGUGUCGGGGCAAUUCCUCCCAUUCCAGGAUUGUCUGUGAUCUGUGACUAUGGCAUUAUGAAAAACUUCUUCAAACAAGUAUUUACAGGAUUUAGCUUAUCAGAUGAUGCACUGGAGUCCCUUUCAGAAAGGGUCAACCAACCAGUGAACGUUCUUAAAGCAGCCAAGACGUCACGUUUCAAAGAUGGAGUCAGUGAGGCUAUUUUAAUGGACAUGUUAUCUAAACCACACAUUGCUGUGGCAAAGACAAUCGGGACAGUAAUGGCUCUUCUGCCAGGGGGAGCGUUCCCAGCAGCAGGCAUUGCUGUUGCCAGUGUGCACUACCUGCUGAAUUUGGGACUAAAUGAAAUGGCAGAGGACACUAAAAAUGUUCUUAUUGCGGCAAAACUUGCUGUGCCAGACUAACAUGCAGAAAGAUGAGUUAAAAAAUUAUAUUUAAGUUCUGAUGUUGAACUAAUUGCUUACAUAAUUUUUAAAAUAAAUAUUGUUACUUGUAUUAAUAUGAAAUAAUAUAUAAUUAUAAUAAAACAAAUAAUGUUAUAUGUCAUGUUUUCUUAGUUGUAUGUUGGUUUAGAGAAAACAACUGCUACAUAAAUACAUGUAAAUAGAUAAACAUAAUAAAUUAUCAAUAAUAAAUGAU